AUGACGAAAACCACAUUUUUCUUUGCUGCAUUGUUCUUACUGGAUUUUUUCUCUUGCUUUCAUGCUUAUCCCUUGCCUGACAUAGAAGAUGCAAAGUUCAUUGAGGAUUGUGUGAGAGCUCACAACACAUUUCGAUCCAAAGUGAGUCCACCAGCCAGCAAUAUGUUUCGCAUGUCCUGGGAUGCUGCUUUAGCUAAGACUGCCAAAGCAUGGGCAAAGAAGUGUAAGUUUAACCACAAUACCUACCUUGAAAUGCCAGGAAAAAUGCACCCCACCUUUCGCUUUGUUGGAGAAAACAUCUGGACUGGCACAGCCCACAUCUUCUCUGUGGAUGCAGCUCUCAGGUCCUGGUUUAAUGAAGUCAGCAGCUAUGAUUUCAGCACCAAUACGUGUACUGACAAGUGUGGUCACUACACUCAGGUCGUCUGGGCAGAGAGUUACAAAGUUGGCUGUGCAGUUCACUUCUGCAAUACAGUUGAAAAUUUUCCAGGACUAUUCAAAGCAGCACAUUUUGUUUGUGACUAUGGGCCAGCGGGGAAUUACCCAAGAAAACCAUAUAAAGAAGGACAGCCAUGCAGUAGAUGCAGUAAUGAGAAGUGUGUAGACAAGCUCUGUGAAAAUACAAAAUGUGAGAAGCUGGUAAGUUAUGCCAACUGGUAUCCGGACUGGGAUACACAGCCCCAGCCACCGCAGCCGCGUCCCCCCAGGCCUCCCAUGCCAUCACACGUCCCACCUGCUGAGCAUCCGCGAACCUCUUGUGACCAAUACUGUCUUAGUGUUUUAAUUUUAAGGCCACUGUUUAUUGUAUUGAGUGCUGGUGCUGUACUUCUAGUACAACAGCAAUUUCCACACACUUUUUUUUAUGAGUAA